AUGGUCAAGACCAUACUUUUUUGGCUGUUGUUUACAGCAAGGGCUGUUUCAGCAGGAAAUAUUGACUUCUUACGUCGUGAUACAAGCCACCAUCCUAAUACCACACUUCCUCUCUCGAAAUGUCCAGGUUACAAAGCUUCUAAUGUCAAGACAACAGAAUCAACACUUUCCGCAGAUCUGACUCUGGCUGGUCCUGCUUGCAACACUUAUGGUACUGACCUGAAAGUUCUAUCUUUAAAAGUGGCAUAUGAAACAGAUGAUCGCAUACAUGUGCUGAUUCAAGAUCCAGCUAAUGUUGUGUACCAAGUUCCCGAAUCGGUCUUCCCUCGCCCUACUGGAUCGUCGGCCAAUCCCAAGGAUGCCAAUAUCAAAUUCCAUUAUGUUAGCUCCCCGUUCUCAUUCUCGAUUAGACGAGCAAAGACAGGCGAAGUCUUGUUCGACACUUCCGCUGCGAGUCUUGUAUUCGAAUCGCAAUACUUGAGAUUGAGAACAAAAUUGCCGGCCAACCCAAAUCUGUAUGGUCUCGGCGAACACUCCGAUGCGUUUCGUUUAAAUACUACCGAUUAUGUUCGCACGCUGUGGUCUCGUGACGCCUAUGGAACUCCUGCAGGUAGCAAUUUAUACGGAAACCACCCGGUAUAUUUUGAACAUAGGACUGGUGGUACUCAUGGAGUGUUUUUCAUGAAUUCUAAUGGUAUGGAUAUAAUGAUCAACAAUACAAAUGGGGAAAAUCAGUAUCUUGAGUAUAACACUCUUGGGGGUGUUUUAGACUUUUACUUUCUAGCCGGACCCGAUCCAAUUGUUCUGUCUCAAUAGUAUUCAGAGCUUGUUGGAUUACCCGCAAUGAUGCCUUAUUGGGGUUUUGGGUUCCAUAAUUGUCGUUAUGGUUACCAAGAUGCUUUUGCAGUUGCAGAAGUUAUCUAUAAUUAUUCGAAGGCAGAAAUCCCUCUGGAGGUUAUGUGGACAGACAUUGAUUAUAUGGAUGCAAGAAAGACUUUCACUCUCGAUCCUGAGCGCUUUCCAUUAGAUAUGAUGCAAGACAUCAAUCACUAUCUUCACAAUCACGACCAAAAACAAAUUCUCAUGGUCGAUCCCGCAGUUGCAUAUAAAAAUAACCCUGCUUACGAUCGUGGAGCUGUCGAUGAUGUUUUCCUCAAGUGAGGUAAUGGAUCUUUCUGGCUUGGCGUCGUAUGGCCUGGAGUUACUGUAUUCCCAGAUUGGUUUUCCAAAAAUGUCGUUAGCUGGUGGAACAAUGAGUUUUCUACAUUCUUCGAUCCAGCGACUGGCGUUGAUGUUGAUGGAUUAUGGAUCGAUAUGAAUGAACCAUCAAAUUUUCCAUGUUACUUCCCAUGCGAUAAUCCAUAUGCAUCAGCAGUAGGAUUUCCUCCUGAUCCACCUGCAGUCAGAACACCACCUCGUGCAUUACCUGGGUUCCCCUGCGCAUUUCAGCCUUCUGGUACAAGCAAUUGCACAGAUGCAAGCAGCAGACGAUCAAUUACUAGCAGAGAUCCCAAGAUUGUCUUGCCGACUCAAGUAAAUCCCGCAAAACGAGCAUCAGGGGCACAGCAAGGUCUGCCCGGACGCAAUUUACUUUACCCCGGGUACGCAAUCCAUAAUGCUGCGGCGUAUCUCCCUUCCUGGAACGCCGCUGAAGGAGGAAUCUCCAACCAAACAAUCAAUACAGAUGUAAUCCACGAGAAUGGUCUCGCUAUGUACGACACCCAUAAUCUUUACGGAACCAUGAUGUCGACCGCUUCCUAUGACGCAAUGGCAAACCGCCGGCCGGAAGAUCGUCCUUUGAUCAUUACACGCAGCACAUUCGCCGGUGCGGGUACCAAAGUAGGUCAUUGGCUUGGAGACAAUUUCAGUGAUUGGCUCCACUACCGUAUGUCCAUCCGUGGCAUGUUAGCUUUUGCAUCUAUAUAUCAAAUUCCCAUGGUUGGCGCCGAUGUAUGCGGAUUCGCAGAAGACACUAACGAGGAACUAUGUGCUCGCUGGGCCAUGCUCGGUGCUUUUGCCCCAUUCUAUCGUGAUCACAACAGUUAUCCCCCAGUGAUUAGCCAGGAAUUCUAUCUCUGGCCUGCCGUCACCGAAGCAGCUAAAAAGGCGAUCGAUAUACGGUAUCGAUUGUUGGAUUACAUAUACACAGCUUUGUAUCGACAAUCCGUUGAUGGAACGCCACUCAUCAAUCCUAUGUUUUACAUUUACCCAUCUGAUCCCGCCACCUUUGGAUUGGAAACACAGUAUUUCUAUGGGCCGGGAAUUCUUGUUAGUCCAGUCAUGGAAGGUAAUUCUACGACUGUGGAUUUAUAUCUUCCGAAGGACAUAUACUAUGAUUUCUACACGCAUGCUCUAGUGACUGGCCGUGCAAACACAAUUCAAAUUACCGAUCAAAAUAUCACAGAUAUACCCCUUCAUUAUCGCGGUGGAGUCAUUGUUCCUCAACGCAUCGAAAGUGGGAUGACUACCACAGAAGUUAGGAAACAAAAUUUUGAGAUCAUUGUUCCAGUUGGUGCUGAUGGGACAGCAAAAGGAGAAUUGUAUCUAGAUGAUGGAGUAAGUAUUGUGCAAGAAGGACAUUCAUUAAUUGAAUUCUACUGGGAUGGCAAAACUUUUGAUGUAUCCGGACAUUUCGGAUAUGAUGCUGGGGUAAGUAUUGAGAGGGUAGUGUUCUUAGGAUUGACCAGUAGCACUAGUAGCACUGGAAAGCAAUAUAGCACAAAUGCGAAUACGCAGGUUAGUGCUCAAGGCGAUAUAGUUGUGAAGGUUGCAAAGGAAUUAAGUGGGGGAUUUUCAAUCGCAGUUUAA